AUGUCGCAGAGUUUGGAGCUGAACCAGCGUCACCACGUCAUGCACCUGCUGCCGGAGGUUGAGUGCGGUCCGGAGGCAUGGACCGUGUUGAAGGAGCUGCACGCCCCGACCUCUGUUGUUGCAACGUUGAUGCUGGAGAGGGAGCUGUCCGCGUUGCGCCUGAGCGAGGGAGAGCCGGUGCAACCUGUCCUGGACAAAUUGCGCGACCUCUACGCGAAGUUGGCGACCGCGGGAAUCACCUACUCGGAGCAGACCAAGUGUCUGAAGAUGCUCUCGCUACUGCCGGAAUCGUGGCUUCAAUUCACGAGCGGAUUGAGCCUGCCGCAGAACCAGAGCUCGUGGAGACUCGAGUGGAAUCGUCACCAGGAUGGCGGCGCGCGGAGGAACCAGAAAAACGGCGCGAGCAUAGUCGCCGAUUCGUCCGACAACAACCCGAAGAGCAACGGCAGUGCGGAAAAGAAGAAGGAGCGCACCGCGGGCCAGUUCUUCCAUAUUCGAGAACAGGGGGAGCAGGGGGAGCAAGAGAACGCCUCUGCCAAGGUUGGAGCAGAGCUGCACCCCCUGGAUUAUUGGGUGUUGGACAUAGGCGCUGCUUGGACGAUGACCUGCUGGACCACGUACGCGCUGCACCGAUCAACGAGGUGUGCUCCGCCUCUGGAAACGCGCUGA